AUGCCGACCGAACGAGAAUUCCAAAUCGCACCCCUUGUGCCCGAGUCCAUCAUAAACAACUCCAGGACUCUAUCCAACCUCCAGACCCUCACUGCAUCCAUCUUCGGCGCCGCAGCCGGCAUCCUCGGCCUCGAAUCCUACAACGGCUUCCUAUUCUACUUCAUCUUCACUAUCCUCACCACCGUCCUCUUCUACACGAUCCGCGUCGCACCUACGUCGCUGAAGGCAGGCCAUGGUCUCUUCGACACGAGCAGAUAUUUCCGUACUCAGUUUGAAUUCUGGACGGGCGGUCUCUUUAGCGGGCUUGCGGGAUACAUAUUGACGUGGACGCUGUUUUACGGUCUGGUGAGAGCAUAG